AUGGUUUCUAAACAUUCAUGCCAUAGACACGAGAGGCGUUGUGGACAAAUCAGGAUGCACGGAGUACAGUGUCCUGUGAGAAGCGGAUUUGACAAUGGGGAGAAAACAAGAACUCUGUUUCUCAAGUAUACCGUGAGAUGGGUUGAUUGGGACAGCUCGGUUAUACCAAUUAAGGCUUAUAUUCUCGAUGUUACUGAUUCUUGGGAAAGAAAAGAGGGAUCAACCGGAGAUAGCCAAGAACAUGAUUGCCAUGUGGAAUACGAUGUGAAACCGUGCAAAACCAACGGCUAUGGAUGCGUUGAUGUCAAGAAGAAGAGCUUAAUGAUGCCGUUUGAUGGGUAUAUUGUCUACGGCGUAGCUCAUCAGCACUCUGGUGGUCUCGGCGCUUCUUUGUCCCGAGAGGACGGUGAGGGAAUUUGCACUUCGAUACCAAAGUAUGGGAAUGGAGAUGAACCUGGAAACGAAGCUGGUUACAUUGUUGGAAUGACGUCUUGUUAUCCUGAAAACCCAGUGAAAGUGAGCUAUGGAGAGACUCUCACUUUGGAGUUUAACCACAGUAAUGCAGUUGGUCAUACCGGAGUCAUGGGACUCUUUCACUUCUUCGUUACUCAGCAGCUGCCUCAACCGGAAAUCUCCUUGCCUGCACACCAUCUUGCACAAGCGAAAAGCGUGAGCCUUUUAGCCUUUCUUGCAGUGACGGUGGUCGUCACGGUUGUGGUUCUAACAGCCGCCAUGGUAUACCGGAGACAGAACCAGGAAGAUGGCUACCAAUCACUUAGCACUUAA